GUGAAAUCAGUGCGAGAGUGGAAUUCGUCAAAUUGUUUUGUGUGAUUUUCGUGGCCGUGGGGUGUAUCGUCGCCGCAUCCUCGAAAAAUUCAAUUAACUGAUCUCAACGGUAUUAUUCGGAUUUCAAUCGAUAAUUUCUCAAUGGAUAUUGUGUCAUGAAAGUAGUCGGAGUUCGUUUCAAGUGAAUGGAGUUGAAAUUGCAAUCGGAAAUGCACAAUAGCACAGUGUUCGAUUGGUCCAAGGACCAAGUGAGCGACUGGGCAAAAGCCGAGAGGCUCGGCCAGCUGGUAAUCGACUGCAUCGUGCGGGAAGAUAUUGACGGCAAAUCCCUGCUGACACUGAGUGAAAACGACAUACGCGAUUUGCGUGACAAGUACAAUUACAACUUGCGGAUUAGUGACAUCAAGCGAUUCUGGAUUGCUGCACGGACCCUUCAGAAAGACAACCAGGCGGCAAUCGUGUGUCUGGGCCUGGCCGACUGUCCACCACCGCCACCCUCGACGGCGACGAUUCUGGGCCAUCCUCCGCAUCACCAUUUAAGCAGCUUCCAUGUCGCAAACGCGGCGACUGAUUUAUUGCAUUUAAAUGAAUCGGAUCGAGUGUCACCGCCACUAUCAAUCGAUGGCCGGGCCACCAGCAUACAGCCUGAAGUCUUCAAAACGGUGAUCAGUCUAGGCUAUGCAUUUCUUGUAACAUGGAUAACAGCAUUCGUAAUGGUUGUUGUACAUGAACGUGUGCCCGAUAUGAAACGAUAUCCACCUCUUCCUGACAUAUUUUUGGAUAAUGUACCGCAUAUACCAUGGGCAUUUCAUAUGUGCGAAAUAACUGGAACAAUCUUAUUCACCCUGUGGCUGUGUGUUUGUAUAGUUCAUAAGCAUCGGUUGGUGUUGCUACGAAGAUUUUUUGCACUAGCUGGAACAGUGUUUCUUCUACGAUGUGUGACAAUGCUAAUUACCUCGCUAAGUGUACCUGGAACUCAUUUACAAUGCAACCCCAAUGAUCAUAAAGUAGAUGACACAAACCUCACCGUCAGCGAUGCUAUCGAAUUAAGAAUAUCACGCGCUUAUACCAUAUGGAGCGGGUUAGGCAUGUCCAUACGUGGUGUGCGGACGUGUGGUGACUAUAUGUUUAGCGGACAUACUGUAGCUUUGACCCUUUUAAAUUUCUUCAUUACUGAAUAUACACCGCGGAACUUAUACUUCCUGCAUACGCUCACUUGGCUGCUCAAUAUGUUCGGCAUAUUCUUCAUCCUUGCUGCCCACGAGCACUACUCCAUUGAUGUAUUCGUCGCAUUCUACAUAACAUCGCGUUUAUUCUUGUACUACCACACGUUGGCUAACAACCAGGCCCUCAUGUCGCAUGAUUCCACACGCACACGAAUAUGGUUUCCAAUGUUCAGUUACUUCGAAAGUUCCGUCGACGGAAUCAUCCCAAAUGAAUAUGAUACCAUAACAACAAUCCUUUCCAAGAUAUUCACCUUCGUAACGGCCAUCAAAGAUUCAUUUAUGCUGACUGCUCGCCGGUUUUGGAUUACGCCGCAGCAGUUGGAGCCGUUCUCCAAGAAUAUCUUACGACCAGUUGCGAAUAUCAUUACGUCAACGGCUGCCACUGUCACCACGUCCACGACCACUUCCAAUUCUACCACACCGACGCCCUACAUGAAAAAUUCAAAUAUGAAUAACGUUCAGGCCAACUUUGUGAGCAACAAUCAAAAGAAUCUAACGGAGAAGAGCAAUUUUGUGCUACUAAAUAACGAUUUCAAGGAGGAAAAUGUAAAAAAUUUAGAGCUUGAAGCAAAAUCAACGGUUACAGAGGCUGCUACGAACAAAAAGGAUAUUUAGGACCGAAAGAAAGGCUAAUAUUAGGCAAAUGAAAAGUUUCGAUUGAAUACUGCUUAGUUUUUACAUCUGAAUUGCGUUUUUUUCUAAUUUAUAUUUAUUAAAAAGUCUUUCCGCAACGCACUUCCACUCGAAAUUGGUGCUACUUCGAUCUAUUGACUGCGAAGGAGCGUGUAACCUGUAAGUCGUCUUGCUAACCACGUUGAGAGUCUACUCUUAUGAAUAAGAUAUUGUAAUGCAUUCCAUAUUAAGAUAACUUUUCAAUAUUUUUGCAUAAAUGCAUAAACCGCAUCAAACAUAUACAAAAAUUCAUCAUAAAAUUGAAAUUAGGCUUUACAAGAAGAUAUGGCUUUACUCCGCUUUUCAGCGGACAAUUUUGUUUUCUUAACGAAAGAGUAAUAUAUAUAUUGAUCGUUUUGUUGUUAUCUUGUAAUAAUUUAAAAGGAUAGAAACUUAAUUUCGCAAGCAUUAAGUGCUGGUUGGUAAUAUUAUUGAGAGCCCUCCCAUUAUCAAUGUCAUCCUCUUGUUUCAUUGCAUUCAUUUGUAUGUUUUGUAAGAAAAACACAGCCAAGUGUGUCAGUCGUUGUAAGUUCAUUGUAAUUACUUAGUCGGGACUGCAUAAAAACAACAUGUAAUUAGAUUAAAUUUGAUUAAGUGAAAGAUUUAAAAAUAUUGUAAGUGCUGUGAUAUACAAUAAACUGUACGAUCCUGAA